GAUCUCUUUCUCAGGUCCCUAGCAUCACAGGUGCCAGUCUUCAUGUUUGAUUGACUCCCUCUGAUAAUAAGAAGCGGUUGAAGACACUGGAUACUGCAAAGGCUAUGGGCCCUGACAGCGUUCCAGCAAUAAUACAUGAAAACGUGUGCUCCAGAACUAGCUACGCCCACAGCCCAGCUCUUCCAGCACAGUUACCAAACUUUAAAAUACCCAACAAUUGGAAAAUUACUCAGAUCUCUCUGAAAUCUGAUCUUAUCUGAUCACCAUGACAGCCGCUGAUUUAAUCAGCCUCUGGGAUUACUGGGAUGAACAAAACCUCACCACAAUGAACCAAACCUGGACCACUUGUGUAAAUGACUCUGACUGUUUGACCUGGGAGAUUUUCCACUGUCUGCACAAUUUCUCUAAGAACGCGAUCCUGCACACCAUAUCUUUCUUUUAUAUCCUGAUUUUUGUCAUCGGUUUGGUGGCCAACAUCGUGGUGGUCUACGUGAACGUGAAGGCAAAACGAUCAAGAUACGAAACCCACUUCUACAUCCUAAACCUAGCCAUUGCAGACUUGUGUGUGGUCGUCACUCUCCCUUUCUGGGUCACAUCUCUCAUUCAGCACGGCACCUGGCCAUUUGGGCAAUUUAUGUGCAAAAGUACUCACCUCAUCUUCAGUGUCAAUCUGUUUGGGAGUAUCUUCUUUCUAACCUGCAUGAGUGUGGACAGGUACAUAUCAAUGGUGUGGUUCCGAGAUUCCAUUGACCAUAAGAAAGAUUUGAUCCGUAAGAUUAUCUGCAUGUUUGUUUGGAUUUUUGCCUUUCUCAUAUCACUUCCAGAUUUCUUCUUCUUGAAAGUGACUCCCAAUUAUCAAAAUAAACCCAUUUGCCAUUUGGCUUAUCCUGAAGAAAACUUUAGAGAAUGGAUGGCUGGGAUGGAAAUGAUCUGCAUCAUCGUAGGCUUUAUUAUCCCAUUUGCCAUAAUUGCAAUUUUCUACUUUCUCCUAGCAACAGCCAUUCCAGUCACAAGUGACCCAGAAAGAAAAAAUAGCCGAAAGAUAAUAUUUGUCUAUGUGAUUAUUUUCCUUAUCUGUUGGCUCCCCUAUCACUCAAUUUUAUUUCUUGAUUUUUUGUGGUUUCUAAACCUUUUAUCUUUCAGCUGUGAACUGGAAAAUUUCGUAUAUAUGGCUUUCCAUAUCACUCAGUGUCUAUCCCUAGUACACUGCUGUGCCAAUCCCAUACUUUAUAGCUUCAUCAAUAAAAACUAUAGAUACGAUCUCAUGAAAGCUUUCAUCGUCAAAUACUCUGUCAAGUCUGGUAUCACGAGACUUAAGGACACCACAGAAACAGAGUGCUCCAUGUUAGAGGCAGUCGCUUAAUAUAAUCUCCACUCUUUUGAGCAGAAGCAUUACCUUCUCAAAUAUCUAUUAAACUGCAAUAACAAGUGCAGUGUUUGAUUAAAUAGUAUAAUUGCUAUUAUAGCCAAGUGUUUAAAUAUUCAAUGGAGUCUGUAGAAUAUUUUGGGUGCAAGUAUUUUUCUAACUGGGAGAAUUUGGACUUACAUGGUUGUAGGAUUGAGCAAGUUGAUUUAAAAUCAGUGAGCUUAGUGUGCACAAAUAUGCCCCAUAAUUAAUUAUAAUAGGGCCACGUGAAACUAUUUUUUCAAACAGGCAUAAGAUCAGAUGUCCUAGGGAUGUAGACUAUAAUUGUUUAAUCUUCUCCUUUGAACAUUUCCUACACAGUAAUGAGGGACUUUAUAUUGAGUGUGGUGGUACUAAUCUGACUUCGCAUUUGUAGAUAUUUUCUAAACAACCUGUUCAGAGAUAUUUUUGUACAUCUCUGGAGAAGGUGGGAGUUGAACCCAGGCUGGUUCAAAGGUGGGAACACUACCACUGUCAUUAUUGCAAUUAAACCUCACUGUAUAAUUAUUAUGGGACUCAGUGACCUCAGCUGACUGGACAGUUGGAUUGUGAGGCAGAGUGAUGCCAAAAGUAGGGGUUCAAUUCCUGCAAAAGCUGAGGUCUUGCCCCCGCCCAUCACCAGCAACGUGGUGACCCUCAGGUUAAGUUCACCUCCUGUCAUCCCUCUCUAAUAAAGGAGAGCAGCCUUACGGGACUAUGGUAACUAUCACUGUAAUUAUUCUGUUUUUUUUCAAAUUAUGAUAACAUUUCAGUUAAGGCAACUCAUGUAAAAAACUGUAAAGAAUUCAAAUGGGGCCUUUUAUGUUGAAACAACACCAGCACAGGAGAUAAUAUCCACAGGAGAAUUUUAAUGAUAAUUCUCACCAUGUAAAAAGUAUUUGCAUCUAUGAUUUUCCAGAUUCCUGUGGUGUCAUCUUCCAUUUGGCAGUUAAAAGAGCAAGGAGAUAACCUAUUCCCACCUUGCUUCUUGUUGACAGUGUUGUUGCACACUGACAUGUACAUGAUGCAAUAUCCAAUUUGACCUAAGCUCAACCUCAAACCCCACAUUCCCAGUGUAGUCAGUUUUGCUAUAAUGUGUGUUUCUUCAAUGCAAAUUGGCUUUAACGUGAUUGAAGAAUUUAGACAGUUAUCUGUAGAAUGCGAACUUUUCUUACCUGUAUUAGCUAUGACGUGAUUCAUGCCUCAUUAGUUUAAAUGGCAUGGCAAUGCACGAUUUUCUUAUAACGUGACAUUGCGCAAGAAGGAACUAUCACGUUACAUCAGAACUGACUAUACUACGAAGACUGCCUAUUUCGGGCUCUGCGAUAUUACUUGCUCCAUUUCCCUGACAGCUCACGUGCUGUUGGAACUCUCCUUUGUCAUUUCCAGACUCAAUUUCCUCAAUGUUCCCUUGGCCAGUCUCUCAUCUUUUGGUGCAAUAAAUCUAGAUUCAUUCAAAACCCUGCCUCCAGUUUCUUGUCUCAAAGCAAGCACUGCCCAAUUCAACUACCAUGCAUAUCUUAUGUGGCCUGACUCCCAGAAUCCCUUCACUUUAAACCUCUCAUUAUUGCAGUUAAAUCAUUCCAUGGGGUUGCUGCUUACCACUGUCACCUAGUCCAGAUCUAUAACUCUACUCAUACCCUUAUUCAUCUGGCCUCAACCUCUUAUGCUUCCAGCAACCUUUCGCAGAAACAAUGAUGACCAAGCUUUCAACUAUUAAGGCUGCCUACUCCAGCACUCCCUCCACAAAACCCACUGCUUCUGAGUUCAGCUACUCCUCCUAACAUUUUCUUCUUUGGUUUGGCAUCCUCAAACCUGUCAACACGUCCAAAGAUGCUUUGAGUCAUAGAGUCAUAGAGAUGUGCAGCAUGGAAACAGACCCUUCAAUCCAACCCAUCCAUACCAACCAGAU